GAGAAGAAGACGAGAGAUUCGGCUACGGUGGCGUAGACUCACUUCACGAAGCCUUGCAGCUCUAUCAGUUCGCCACAGAGAUUUAUGAAGAUUCACGAACGCGGAUCGAUUGCAGUCACAUGCCAAUUCCAUCGGGAGUCCACAACCGUUCCUGCCUACAACGAGACCUCGAUCAACGCCCUCUCGCAAGCUCAACAAGCAUCUUCGGUCGACACUGCAGUCCUCGAGCCAUGGAACAAAGCCCUACAAGUACAAAGAACGAUCACAAGAGCCUGAAAUACAACGUCGAGGGGGAAUAAUGCAUGCACAAGCGUCGGACAAGAGGCACACCCUUGAGUAGACUGGUCGUAUCUCGGUAGCCAUACGCUCGUGAGUCGCUGCACCAUCACAACUUUGCUGUCUGCUGGCAUCACUCACUCGGCCAGCGAAGCACAACGGUCGAAAGAAACGCCGCAAAGGCGAGCGCAGAAGCGGUCAGAAUGGCAAAGUGAUGAUGGGACAGAUGCAGGUUGAACAAGUCGCGCGUCGCAUUCGGACGACGAGUGGAAGUGCGCAGUCACAGUAUCGAUCGAUCGACACCCACAAUUGUGUGUGAUGUUUACUUGAGCAUGCAAGUCAAGAAGAGCAUGGAGC